AAUCAUCAAGAAGGUGGGGUGACAAUAAAGAGAAAGAAAGCAGCUAGCCCCAGCAGCUUCACAAGAGUACAUAGUCGACAACAUGGGGAGAGCUCCUUGCUGUGACAAAGCCAACGUCAAGAAAGGGCCAUGGUCGCCGGAGGAAGACGCCAAGCUCAAGGCUUACAUUCAGGAGAAUGGCACCGGCGGCAACUGGAUUGCCUUGCCCCAGAAGAUUGGUCUUAAGAGAUGCGGGAAAAGUUGCAGGCUUAGAUGGUUGAAUUAUCUCCGGCCCAACAUCAAGCAUGGAGGGUUUUCAGAGGAAGAAGACAACAUAAUUUGCAGCCUCUUCUUGAAGAUUGGCAGCAGGUGGUCUAUUAUUGCGGCGCACUUGCCGGGGCGCACUGAUAAUGAUAUCAAGAACUACUGGAACACCAGGCUGAAGAAAAGGGUCAUGGGCAAACAACGCAAGGAACAGCAGGCCCGCCGAGCCAGCGGCUUCCACCAAGAGAACAAGACCAAUUCCAUUGUUUCUGAGGUGGUGAACCCAAUUCCCUACUGGCCGGAGCUGCCUGUAUCCGUACCAAUGGCGAAUCCGAUCCUGCGAGAUGGUUGUCUCAACAAGGAUCAAGCAUCUAUACGGAAAAUACUGGUUAGCAGGCAACAGCAGCUCAUAUUCUCAUCCAAGCAACAACAGCUCAUAUUUGGUGAUGAAGAUCGUAAUCAGCCAAGCAACAACAGUUCAUAUUCUCAGUACCCUAAUUCAGAUAUUAUUCUCCCCUCACAAGAUCAUAUUAGCUACGAUAAUCCCAUCAACCCAUUUGAGUCUUCAGUGGCCAUGAGUUCCAUGAAUAGUAUGUUUGAAGGAUUCAACAGCUACCAGCAGAAUAUCGGGGUCGGUGAAUUUGGCUGCAAUAUUAUUCCUCAGCAAGUAGAUGGGUUAGCGUUGGAGAGUAUUGGUGGGGUGCAGAUGGUGAGUGGCAGCAGUGAAACUAGUCCUGCAGAAAGUUCUAACUGGGGAGAUAUGAACUUCCUCGAGUAUCCCCCUGUGGCCUCCAAUUUUGAAGCGUUUCAGAAGCUGUUGUUACAAGAUUGACAGAGGAAUUGAGGUAGUUGGGCUACAAUUGCGUUGGUGGUGUAUAUUAAUCCUAAAAUUAAAUACCUUUGGGAUUUAGCUUUAUUCACGUUUCAGCAUAUAUGUUCUGUCGUCGAACUUGCUCGGAAAUUUGUUUGUUUGAUUUAUUUGCACUAUUACUUUCGUUCUGACAUAUAUGUGAGUUUUCUUGUAUUUUCUUGAUUUGAAUAUACUAGCUCGUCUGCUUGUA